CUUCAGGCCCCCGGCUCACACACUUCGUACAUACAUAACGUUAUAUCUUUGACACAACACGAUCUCAAUGAGAUAAUGAUAUUCUCCUUUUUGCCCUCCAUCACUUAAGCCUCUCAAGCCCCCCACCUACAAACACCUUCAUUCCUGUCAUGGGCGUCCUCCUUCUCCUCGGUCUGCUACGCCGUCUGCGCAACAAUAAUGACGACUACCAACAGGACUACGAGCAAGAACUGCGUCGCGAAUACCACCGCCAAUGCAAGCGUCAGCGCCGUUGGAAUCGCCGCCACCCGCACUGCCCCGCUCCGGUGCCUGCUCCUGUUACAGCUGUGCCGGUCGUCCUUCAACCAGCGGCGCAGCAGUCUACAGCGACGUCAAUGCAGCAGCCCCAAGUUGUGCAGCCAGCAUACCCUACCGACUCAACAUCCAAGGGCAUUUCUGUGUAAUUACGAAAGAAGAUUCUGCCCCCCCCCCCCCCCCAUAUAUAUAUGCGAGCAGCUCGCCCCCAUGACCUGUUCCGCACGUCUAAUACACUAUGCCAUC